AAGCUGGUCAGAAAACUCAAAACUAAUGAACAAUGCAAAGAGAUAUAACAAAGAAAAGAAUAAAAAAGAGAAGAAAGAUUGAAGUGACACAUAGAAAUGAAGGCUACUCUCCUCUCUCUAAUAUGAAUCCUCCUCCUAUUCUGUCUCCCCCACUCUGUCUUGUUCCUUUCACUCUCCUUUUCCCUUUUACCAUUUUACCCCUCCCUCCCUUAUCUCUCUCUCUCCCCCCCCCCUAACUCACUUCUGAUCCCAAACUCUUCUUCUUCUACUUCUUCUUCUCUCUCUGUUUACAAAGUCUUGAAUUUUCUAUAGACCCACAUGAAGUUUCCUCCUGUAGCUCUAUGGUAAUUCUUUAAUUCACAUCAAUAUGUUUGCUUUUCACAAACCUUCCCUUCUUCUUCAUCUUCUUCUUCUCUUGGUUCUCCUCACUUCACAAGUCUCUUCCUUUCUUCAACCUGUCCAACCUCCUGAUUCUCCUCAAGUGGCUUUGAUUGAAGAUAAAGCAAGAUUAGGUUCUACGCCACCGAGCUGCCACAACAGAUGCAACAACUGCCAUCCUUGCAUGGCUAUCCAAGUUCCCACUCUCCCUACUCGCUCCCGGUUCACUCGAGUUAACCCGUUUUCCGGUGGGUUCGUACGACCUCCUUCGUCUUUAACCACCGUUCUUGAUCAGUACUCUAAUUACAAACCUAUGGGCUGGAAAUGUCAUUGCAAGGGCCACUUUUAUAAUCCUUAAAGGCUGUUGAUCUCUGUCUCUGGUUUGAUCUCUCCUUUCUACUCUGUUACUUUUUUGUAAAAGAAGUUUCUAAUAUUGACUUUGGAUUUUUGGGAGCAGAGAGUAAGUGUUCUUUGGAUUCUUUGUAAAUGUACGGCUCAAUUUGUAUAUAAUCAAAAACUUCUAUGAUUAUUUUGAAAACUCGCUAAUCAUUUCUUUCAACAA